AUGGCUGCACUGCGGGUGUCGGCCAAGGUGAGUUCCAUCCCCAUCAACAUCAGAAAAAGACGGCCAUGCUCACUUCCCAUUGCAGCCCACCACCCUCAGCAAGUCCAUCUCAAGAUCAAUGGCCACGGAGGCGCCCGCCCGAGAUCUCACCCGAUCCGCAAACACACAAUCCCUCGUCCAGUCCUGGAACCCAGGUACGCAGCACCACUCCAACCGACUGACUAUCCACGCAAGCUGACAGUAGCCUUCACAGUCUCAACCGUCCCCGUCACAGUCCACAGCUUCCCCUCGCUCGAACCAACCUCCCUCGAGCAGUGGUCCGUCCAGCACCUCUACCUCCCCCUCCGGCGCGACAUCCUGCACCACGCAAUCACCUUUGAAGGCGACAACACGCGCCAGGGCACCGCCUCCAGCAAAACCCGCUACGAAGUCCACGGCUCCCACCGCAAGGUGCGUCCUCAGAAGGGUUCGGGUCGCGCCCGUCUCGGCACCAGGCAGAGCCCCGUCCUCCGUGGCGGCGGCAAGACCUUUGGCCCCAAGCCCCGCGACUUCGGCACCAAGCUCAACCGCAAGGUCUACGACAAGGCCUGGCGGACAGCCCUCAGCUACCGGUACAGACGGGGCGAGCUGAUCAUCUGCGAGGACGGGAUGGAGCUCGCCCUGCCGCCGGACUUUGAAAUGCUCGCCGACAAGUACAUGCGGGACGGGCUGCGGGAGACGUACCUCCAAAAAUACAUGACGGGCGUUUUACGCACGCUGGGUCUGGGGCGCGCCGACGGACGGACGCUGUUUGUCACGGGCGAUCCGAGGGACAGGCUGUACGAGGCCAUGGAGCAGGUCCCGUGGGAGGGGCGGGCGCUCGACGUGGAGGACGUUGAUGUCAAAGACCUGUUGGAGACGGGCAAGGUUGUCAUGGAGAGAAGCGUCUUGAAGGAGAUGAUUGAGAGGCAUCAGAGCGACUUGAUCACCCGCAUCGCGGUCGGCGGGUUGGCCAAGAGCGCUCCUUCAACUGGCGAGGUAGUGUUGUGA